GUGAAGAUGAAAGACAGUAGCAAAAUACGCUUUAAGGCUAAUCUCCCGGAUCCGUUCAGCUGACAUAACUAGUUUCUCGAAACUGCACGAUAUUCAACUGAAAACAAGAUUCGUCAGCAGGACAGAACUUUCUGCGAGUGGUUUCUGAUUCGUUAUUCGGAUGGGAGAAUGUCGGGAUCAUCGAAUUUUAUUACUGGCAAUUUCAAUGGGAUCCGUGAGUGUGCGUCCGAUAAAAACCAAAUCCUUUGUAUCCGAAAAUAAUGCCGACCCUUUGAAAUCUUUCAUCUUGAAAUCAUUCCAUGGCUUCGUGCAUCGGUCGCAGAGAAACUCGAGUCCCGCCGUCCAUUUUCCUCCUGAGCUAUGCACAGCACAUACUAUUUUGGAAAAAUCGGCAGGGAGGAUGUGUGCCGAUCAACUGAUGAAGAAUCCGUCCGCUAGAUGUCCACGCAUUGUGACUUCGUCUGCUAUGUGAUGCGCAGCCCAACAACGUUCCUCCCAACCAAGCCCAAGCAUUUUACGACUUUUUGGGGAUUUGGGAGCAUAACUUCGUUCAAAGUUCUGGGGCAGACGUCUUUGGAGCUCAGUCUACUCCCGCACGAGAACCAUGACGUGUCGAAUCUCACGCGGCUCUCGACUCGUUGACUCACGAACGUGAAAACCCUUAUUAUAUAUACGUGCCUUAUAAAGCCGGAGGAGUUGGAAUGUGUGUGGUUUUUUAUGUGGUGCUCAGGUUUUCGACGUGUCCUAUUAUGUAUUUGGAGCCCACUGACUGACUGAUGAAUAAGGAAAAUGCAGGCUAAACAGCGCUACAUUCUCCUUUUCCUUUCCUGUGCCUUCUUAGCAUUAUGCUAUUUCGGAGGCUACAGGUUAAAAGGACUUUUCCCUGAUCGGGGAAGACACUGGCCUUCACUGGAUUGCUACAUGGACAGUGAAGAACUGAUGGAACACAGAGCGUUCUGGUCUCUUCCUCCCAAGCAGAGACAAGAAGAAGCCAAGGCUAACACCGUCAGAGAGCAGUGUCGAAUGGAAACUUGUUUUGAUUUCUCAAAGUGUGUCAGCGGUUUCAAAGUCUAUAUUCACCCUGUGGAAGAAACAGUGGCAAUGAGCUCAACUUAUAGGAAAAUAUUGAAUGUCAUAACUGAAUCCAGGUAUCAUACCACAGAUGCUAGUCAGGCUUGCCUGUUCAUUUUGGGUCUGGACACACUGGACCGAGACAGCCUCUCAUCAGACUAUGUCAGAGGGAUGCAGUCAAAGCUCAACAGUUUGCCUCACUGGAAUGGGGGGCAAAAUCAUAUUAUAUUCAAUUUCUACUCGGGCACCUGGCCCGACUACACUGAAGACCUAGGAAUGGACAUUGGCCGGGCCAUUCUGGCCAAGGCGAGCAUUUCAGUGCAGAAUUAUCGGCCUUCAUUCGACAUAUCCCUUCCGUUGGUUCACAAGGAGCAUUUGGAGCGAGGCGGCGACAUCCUACCCAUCUACGCCGAGAACAUCCCCGCCGCAUCAAAGUCCUACCUGCUGGCCUUCAAAGGCAAACGCUACGUUUACGGAAUUGGUUCGGAAACUCGCAAUUCGCUCUAUCAUCUUCACAACAGCCGAGAUGUCAUCAUGGUGACCACCUGUAAACACGGCAAAAGUUGGAAAGAGCUUAAAGACGAGCGUUGCGAAGAGGAUAACGCCGAGUACGACAGAUACGACUAUGAAAUCUUAUUGCACAACUCGACGUUUUGCUUGGUGCCACGCGGACGACGGCUCGGCUCUUUCCGUUUCAUCGAAGUCCUUCAAGCCGGCUGUAUUCCCGUCCUACUCUCAAACAACUGGGUGAUACCCUUCUCCGAGAUCAUUGACUGGAAAACGUCUGCCAUUUGGGCGGAUGAACGGCUUCUCCUCCAGGUGCCGGAUAUUGUCAGAUCCAUCGAAGCCGAACGAGUGAUGGCCUUGCGGCAACAAUCUCAACUUCUCUGGCAUAUGUACUUCUCUUCCAUCGACCGGAUUAUCUUCACCACCCUCGAGAUUGUCAGGCAGAGAAUACAGCAGCAUUUAUGGAGGGACGGCCGAGUGUGGAAUAGCUUUCCGGGCGGAUUGGUAACGCUGCCGGAUUACACAGACACGCCGUCUCGUUUGCCUUGGAACCAGCAGUCGUCGUCUUCGUCGGCGGCGGCCAGUGCGGCCUUGGCCACCGGCGGCGGCCAAAAGGACAAGAAUGCCAGCCAAUUUACAGCCGUCAUUUAUUCCCAGUACCAGACGGGAAGCCCCUUGGUCCCGGCCACUUCAAGUGGCCCUCUACUACACCUACUCCGAGUCGUUUCCAGGAGCCAGCAUGUGGCCCGGAUUGUGGUCGUAUGGGCGAGCGAUGCUCCGAAACCUCCCCCGGCUCGUUGGCCGUCCUUAACGCGAGGGAUCCCGCUCCACAUCGUAGUACCGCAGCAGAAGCAGAAUAUCGGCGAACGUUUCCGGCCUCUGGAUCUGAUCGAAACAGACGCCGUCUUCUCGCUGGAUGAGGACGCGACGCUGACGACGGAUGAAAUCGAUUUCGCAUUUCAUGUUUGGCGUCACUUUCCAGAGCGGAUCGUCGGCUUUCCCGCCCGAACUCACUACUGGGACGAUACCAAAGCUCAGUGGGGAUACACGUCCAAGUGGACCAACGAGUAUUCGAUGGUGCUGACUGGAGCGGCCAUUUAUCAUCGCUAUUAUCACACGCUCUACACUGAUUGGCUGAGUCCGUUGUUGCACAAAACGGUCGAUCAGUCGCGCAACUGCGAGGACAUUCUCAUCAAUUUCCUCGUGAGUCACGUGACCCGUCAACCGCCCAUAAAGGUGUCGCAGAGGAAGCAGUACAAGAACAGCAACUUAUCCGCCGUCGCCAGAUCGCCGUGGAACGAUCCAGAUCACUUUCUCCAGCGCCAGACGUGCCUCAACACUUUUGUGGCUCUUUUCGGCUACAUGCCGCUCAUCCGUUCCGCCGUUCGUUUUGACCCCGUCUUAUUCAAGGACCCCGUCUCCAACUUGCGCAAGAAAUACCGUCAAAUGGAAUCGGUUCACAACUAGAAAAACAAUGCAAUCACUUCCGUAUUUUCCCGACUGCCGUUGCUGUUUUUAUAAGAAAAAAUAAAUGUCGAGCAACAAUCCGGAAA